AUGAUUAGUAAGCUAGACAGUGUGCUCUUGGCCCAGAAAAAAUUCAUCUACAAUUACAAGAACAUGCGAUGGGCAAAAGGCCGCAACGAGACCUAUCUCUGCUUCGUAGUGAAGAGAAGGCUUGGACCUGAUUCCCUCUCUUUCGACUUCGGACACCUACGCAAUCGCACUGGCUGCCACGCAGAGCUGCUGUUCCUGAGCUACCUGGGGGCGCUGUGCCCGGGCCUCUGGGGCUGCGCAGACGACAGAAACCGAAGACUGAGCUACUCCGUCACCUGGUUCUGCUCCUGGUCGCCCUGUGCCAACUGUGCGACCACGCUGACCCGGUUCCUGAGGCAGACACCCAACCUGCGACUCAGGAUCUUCGUGUCUCGCCUCUACUUCUGUGACCUGGAGGGCAGUCCGCAUGUAGAGGGCUUGAGGGACCUGAGGAGGGCAGGGGUCCAGGUCAAAGUGAUGAGCUACAAAGACUACUUCUACUGCUGGCAGACCUUUGUAGCUCACAGGCUGAGCCGCUUCAAGGCCUGGGAAGGGCUGCAUACCAAUUAUGUGCGUCUGUCAAGAAAACUAAACCGCAUCCUCCAGCCAUGUGAAACAGAAGAUUUAAGAGAUGUUUUCAGACUUUUUGGACUGUUAACCUGACAGCCUCGCCUUUCUCUGGAGCCGUCAUGCUGGUCAGCGGACUUUUCAAUGAGGAGCUAUUUUUAAUGGUCGAUUAAGUACAUAGCAAACUGUAAAACUUGUGAAACCGCCUAUGUAGUCCAAAAAAUGCUAAUUUGUAAUAAAGUACAAUUAAUGUAGUCAUUUUUUCUUCA